AUGUGCCUCACGCCCGAGGAAAUUGCGCAGCGCGAAUCGGAGCUCGCGGACCUGAAAUCCCAGCUCGCCGUCGCAGAGUCGGCGAAACGCGAGGCUGACGACGGCGCAGACACCAGCGCAGCGCAACAAGACUGGAAAUGGCCGCUGAAAGAAGAUGAAUAUGAGCGGUAUAGUCGGCAGAUGAUUGUGCCCAACUUUGGACUGCAAGGCCAGCUUCGACUAAGAAAUGCCAAGGUACUGCUCGUCGGCGCGGGCGGUCUGGGAUGUCCGGCGGCGGCAUACCUGGCGGGCGCGGGUGUCGGUGUACUGGGUCUUGUCGACGGCGACACGGUAGAGGUGUCGAAUCUGCAUCGCCAGGUAGCGCAUUCGACCAGUCGCGUAGGCAUGACCAAGGUCGAAAGCGCCAUUACCUAUCUCAAAGAACUCAACCCCAGUAUAACAUACAAGGCGCAUCAAACACACCUGACGCCGCAAAACGCAGCCUCCAUCCUCUCACGCUACGAUCUUGUCCUAGACUGCACCGACCACCCGACCUCUCGCUAUCUCAUCUCCGACGUCUGCGUGCUGCUCCGCAAGCCCCUCGUCUCCGCAUCCGCUUUCCAGACCUCUGGCCAGCUGCUCACCCUCAACAGCCCGCCCAGCCGCGGCCCCUGCUAUCGCUGCGUGUUCCCCAAGCCGCCGCCGGCCGAGAGCGUGGUCGGCUGCGGCGAGGGCGGCAUCGUCGGGCCCGUGGUGGGAGCCAUGGGCGUUUUGCAAGCAUUGGAAGCGAUCAAGCUCAUCACCCAAGGCGGGCUCGAACCAAUUGACGGUGCCGCAGCAGACGCGGCCAUGCCAAAACAGAUGACCAUGCUACUCUUCAGCAGCAUGGCGGACACCAUGUUUCGCACGAUGCAGUCGUCGCUCGACUAUGUGCAGUUCUGCGGCGUCGCCCAGCCCGUCAAGCUGCUGCACCCCGCGGAGCGCAUACCGGCUUCUGACUAUGCACGGAUAGCCGCAGACCGAGGAUCGCCGCAUCUGCUCAUUGAUGUCCGCGAGAAGGAGCACUUUGGGCUGUCCAGCAUUGAGGGGUCGAUAAAUGUCCCCAUAAGCCAGUUCAUGAGAUCCCGAGCUUCCACAGUAACCGGGGCCCUUGACUGGAUGCCCGCCGAUUUACCUCAUUCUGCGCCUAUAUAUGUCGUCUGUCGGGUAGGCAACGACUCGCAGGUAGCAGCGAAGAAACUCAAGGAGCUAGGACUUGACCGCAACGGUGAGCGGUUCGUUGGAGACAUCGACGGUGGUCUACGGGCGUGGCGUAAGGAUGUGGACCCAACAUUGCCGUUUGUAUAG